AUGGCCGAUCAGCCGAGGAAAACAUGGGGCCCACCUAUCAGUAACUGUAAAUCGGUGCCUGAGACUGACAUCAGUUGCCCUCCCCGUAACCCUCCCCCUCGACUGGACGCGCCGCCGCACCCACACCCACAGCCGUCUGGACUCUGGAGGCUGAGCGAGCGAGACCCCCAAAACCCUCGCUUAGCACGCGGACUGGGAUCGCCCCCCCCCCCCUCGAUGCCGAAGCGGCGGCGCGGCGUUGCCGCCUCACCCCGCUGUCGGAAGAAGCAGAAACGCCUCGACGCCAUUUGCGACGUCGCGCCGACGCCUCCCCCGGGCGGCGGCGGCGGCGAGGAUUCCGACCCGGAGUCCGUCCGCCGGAGCACGCGGGCACGCCGCGCGCCCGUCACGCUCGACACCUCGCCGGCUCCCUCGCCCCGCCGCAUGAGGCCCCGCCGCGGCGGGGGCGUGGCCGGGUCCAGUGGGAGCCCGCGGAGGGGGGGCAAGGGAAGGGCACGGGGCCAGGCUGUUGCCCGAGUAGUGGACGGCGAGGAGGAUGAGGAGGACGGCGGGGGAAAUGCGGCUUGGCGCUCGCGGCUGCGAGAUAGGGCUAAGGGGAAGGCCGGCGCGGGGCGGCGAGUGAGGACCCUGUGGGUUGAAGACGAAGACGAAGAUGAAGAGGAGGGGGCCAAGGAAGAGGGGGGCGAGGAGAGCGGAGGUUUGUCAUCGCGUGGGAUGGAAGUCACAGAGGGGGAGAUCAAUUUAACCAUCGAUGUUAGUGUAGAAACUCACGAUGCUGCUGAGGGUGUCACUGUAGUCGAAGAAGAAGACGAGGAAAAAGGAGUAGGGGAGGAAGAUGAUGAGUAUGAGGAGGAGGAAGAAGCAACCGGUGCAGGAACUGAUCUAGACGAAGGCAACAUGGAGGAAGUGGGGGACGAGGAUAGUUUGCAAGAGGAAGAGAAAACCAAAGAGUUGGAUUCACCUGUACUAGAAGGAGAAAAUGGUGAUGAGAAUGCUGAUGAGGUUGAGUUCGGCGAUUUAGGGGAGAAUGAACAGCUCGAUGUGCACCAUGGGCAGAUUGCAGAAGCGAGCAACCUUCCUGAUGAGCAGCAAAUGGAACUUGAUGGUCAUGGUCCUGAUGAGCAAGUGGAAGAGGUCCAGCAGGAUGGACAGAUGGAUGAUGCCCCAAAUAUAGUGUUGUCUGAGGACGCUCUGAACGAGAGAGUCGGGAAAUCUCUAGUGUCAGAUGAAAAACGAGGAGUUGUAGAUGUUAAAGAAGGAAGGAGGUGUGGGCUAUGUGGAGGAGGGACUGAUGGGAGGCCACCCAAGAUUGCACUGCAUGAUACUGCUGACAGCGAGAAUGAAGCCUAUGAGGGUGCUAUGCCUUCAGAGGAGCCCAACUAUGAUAUAUGGGAUGGGUUCAGUGACGAUCCUGGAUGGCUUGGAAGGUUACUGGGUCCAAUACAUGAUAGAUUUGGGAUUGCCCGUGUCUGGGUUCAUCAGAAUUGUGCAGUUUGGAGUCCCGAGGUUUACUUUGCUGGUUUAGGGUGCCUAAAAAAUGUAAGGGCAGCACUUUGCCGUGGAAGGCUUUUGAAGUGCAGUCGAUGUGGUAGACCUGGAGCAACUAUUGGGUGCCGUGUUGAUCGAUGUCCAAAAACCUACCAUUUGCCUUGUAGUCGAACAGAAGCCUGCAUAUUUGAUCACCGGAAGUUUCUUAUAACUUGCAAUGAUCAUCGACAUCUCUUCCAACCCCAAGGAGAUAAAUAUGCUGAACUACUCAGGAAGAUGAAGAUAAAAAAGAUGAAGGCCAAUAUCAGAAAGUUGUCACAUGAUGCAUGGAGAAAGGAUAUAGAGGCUGAAGAGAAAUGGUUAGAGAACUGUGGGGAAGAUGAAGAGUUCUUGAAACGUGAGGGGAAGAGGCUAAACAGAGAUCUUUUGAGGAUUGCACCUGUUUACAUAGGAGGUUCUUCUGAAAAUGACGAGGCGUACCGUGGUUGGGAAUCUGUUGCUGGGCUGAGUGAUGUUAUUCAGAGCAUGAAAGAAGUGGUGAUACUGCCCCUUCUAUAUCCUGAAUUCUUUAGCUCUUUAGGUCUUACACCACCAAGAGGUGUUCUGCUGCAUGGUCAUCCUGGUACUGGUAAAACACUUGUUGUACGGGCACUAAUAGGGGCAUGCUCUCAGGGUAACAGAAGGAUUGCUUAUUUUGCUCGAAAAGGCGCUGAUUGUUUGGGCAAGUAUGUUGGGGAUGCUGAGAGGCAGUUAAGACUUCUAUUCCAGGUAGCUGAAAAAUGCCAACCUUCUAUCAUAUUUUUUGAUGAGAUGGAUGGUUUAGCCCCUUGUAGAUCCAGACAACAAGACCAGACGCACAAUUCAGUUGUGGCGACUUUGCUCUCGUUACUUGAUGGUUUGAAAUCACGUGGCUCGGUUAUAGUAAUAGGGGCUACAAAUCGUCCUGAUGCUAUAGACCCUGCUCUUAGGAGACCAGGAAGGUUUGAUCGUGAGAUAUACUUCCCGCUCCCCACCCUAGAGGCUAGAUCUGCCAUUCUUUCGUUACACACAAAAAACUGGCCUAGUCCUAUUUCAGGCACAUUCCUUUCAGCUGUUGCAAGCCAAACUAUUGGAUAUGCUGGUGCUGAUUUGCAGGCAAUUUGUACCCAAGCUGCAUUAAAUGCUCUGAAAAGGACUUGCCCAUUGCAAGAUAUCUUACGCUUCGCUGAGAAAGGAACUGAACAUGGACGACUUCCUCUACCAUCAAUCGACGUGGAGGAAAGGGAUUGGUUGUCUGCUCUUGCAGCAGCUCCCCCACCCUGUUCACAAAGGGAAGCAGGGAUUGCUGCAAAUGAUCUAGUUUCCGCUCCUAUUGAUUCCUAUCUUUUACCAUGCCUUCUUAAACCAUUGCUUCACCUCCUUAUUUCCCUCUGUUUGGAUGAACGAAUCUGGUUACCUUUGUCUCUUCUGACGGCAUCUUCCUCUAUAAAGGAAGUGGUGUUUUCGUCUAUGGAAAAGAACAACGUACCUCACACUUUCUGGUGUUCCUAUCUUCCCGUUUUGAUACAGCAGAAAGAUAUUGGAGAUAAAAUUGUAUCAAUCUUGUCAAGCUAUGGUCUUACAGCAUCUCAACUAGGAAAUCAUGGUUCAAUGUUGUUAAGUCAAAACAAACAACAUGAGAAGUUCGAUGACCGCAGGUUGAGUUCCACCUGUUCUCUGAACAAAGGAGGGUUAGCAUAUAAGUUAACAGGUUUUCGAGCUUUAGUUGCUGGAGCACCCGGAUCAGGCCAACAACAUCUAGUUCGUUGCCUUCUUCAUGGUUUUGUGGGUCAGACUGUAAUACACAAGCUUGAUCUUGCAACUAUGGCACAGGAGGGAAAUGGUGACAUCCUUAAUGGAUUGACGCAAAUUCUGUUGAAAGGUCUACACCUUGAAAGGUGCAUAAUCUACAUGCCUAGAGUUGAUUUGUGGGCAGUCAACACGGUCCAUGAACAGGAAACAGAAGAUCAUGGGCGCAACAUGGGUACAAGCAAGUUGGCCUCCUCGCCAGUCGAAAGCAUGCCAAAAUGUUCAGAAGUUUGGAAUACUUUGGUUGAUCAGAUGAGUUCAUUGUCAGCAUCUGUAUCCAUAAGUGUUCUGGCCACUAGUGAGCUGAAGUUCCAAGAUCUUCCAUGCGGAGUAAAGCAUUUCUUCAGCACACAUGUUGUAGAUCAAUGUCUUAGUUCUUCAGAACACACUGUACCAAGAUUCUCUGUGAAUGUUGAUAGCUCUAUUAGCUGGGACGAGGUGCUCGAUUCAUGUGCUUUGCGGUUAUCACAUGACUUAAUUCAGCAUCAUGUUCAAUUAUUGCAUGACAGAGCUCAUAACAAUCGUGAUGAACAGAAAGAAGUCUUUGCUCCCAUGGAAAUUAGUGCACCAGAUGAAUCUAAAUCCUGUGAGAAUCAGGAAUCCACCAUAUUGGCGAAGUCUUCUUUGUAUGUUGAAGAACGGCCCUCAUACCCUACAAAGCUGCCCACAUGCAAUGCUCAGCCACAUCCAUCAGCGUCUGAUGUGAAAGAUAAAGAGGAAGAUCCUGAGAAACUUGUCUCAAGAAAUCCUUCUAGUAGAACUAUGAAGGGCAAUGAAUCACUUUCUAUUAUUGCCUUCGGAAUCCAGAUACUGCAGCACCCGCAGUUCUCUAAACUCUGUUGGGUUACCUCAAAACUGCGUGAAGGCCCCUGCACUGAUAUAAAUGGACCAUGGAAAGGCUGGCCGUUUAAUUCCUGUUUAUUACAUGGCAGUAGCUCAUCCGAUAAAUCAUUGUCUGAAGGACAGAGUGUUGUUAAGGGUAAGGAGAAGUUCCUUUGUGUGAGAGGAUUGGUUGCUGUUGGUUUAUUAGCAUAUAGAGGUGUUUAUGCAUCUGUUAUGGAAGUCUGUGCUGAGGUGAGAAAGGUCUUGGAACUGUUAGUUGAGCAGAUCCGAAUUAAAAUUUUGGAAAAGAAAAGUCGAUAUCGGUACUUCCAUAUUCUAUCUCAAGUAGCAUAUCUGGAUGACAUCGUGAACAGCUGGGCAUACACCUUCCAAAGAUUACAUCCUGACAGUAGGACAAGAGCAUUAGGUACAAAGCCAGCAAGUCUAGGAAAGUCAUGCACAAGAGAGUGUGAAAGUACCAGUUACGCUACAGAAAGCAAUGUACUCUCUGGUCCUGUUGGCGGCUCUACCGAGGUCCAAGACACUUCAGCCCAACAGUCACACGACCAUCUGGUUGGCCAUGCUUCCUGUCCUAGUGAGAUGCAUGACAAGCCAGUCCAACAAGGUCCUGACCAACUUAAAAUUCAUAGUGUGGCCUGCAACAUUGGUAAUGAUCAUUUGACAUCUAUACCCAGGAUUGAUGCAGUGGAACAUGAUCUUGUCUGUUCAGCUUCGCCUGAUGCGCACAAAGGUACUCUUGCACCUGCAGAUUCCGUAAUAAACGAUGGAGGAUCUGGUGGAGUAAACAAUGGCUGGAAAAUGUCCAGAGUAACCAAUGGUAAAGAAAAAUGCAAGCCAGAUAUUCAAAGAUCUGAAAGCCUCUCUGAAUCUGUUGAAGAUUUCAAUAAUAUGCAAAGGGCAGAAAAUUCAAGUGCAUGCCCAGCUACUACGGGCAAUGUAGAAGUAUCAAAGAAGACAAUGUCUUCUGAAUCUCAUGGCAGUGGUAAUGAGUUGAAUACCGGCUUUCCUCUUAAUGAUGUUCAGUCAGAUCAUUCGAUUAAUGGUCACAUGCAAGAUAGCAUAAAGAAUUUCUCAGUUCCAAAAUCUUCAUGUCUAUAUGAAUGUUGCUCCGCAUGCUUCUGUGCUGUUUAUAAGUUGUCUCGUGAUAUUCUUUCAAAUUCAGUACGGCUUAAUAAGCAUUGCUUAACCAUUGAUGAUAUGCAUGACAUUCUCUCAUCUUGCUCACUGAAUCUACUAGUAACAGUUAGAAAAUGGCACAGCUCUCAAGGUGUAGGUGGUUGUCAAGAAGAAAUUGGCAAAAGGCAUUAUCUGGAAAUCAUCUCAGAGCAUUGUGUUUGUCAGGGUGAUGUUAGUUUUGUUUCAAUGGAUUGUACAUGUCACUUGGAAAGCAGUGCAGAGGCCGAAGCCAGUAAUAAGGAGAGGCAUUCUCUAUGUGGACAAUCAUUAAGUUUUUUCUUUAAGGAUGGUGUUUUGAUGCCACAAGAUCUCACUGCAGGGACCACACUUCAUUGCAACUUUAAAAGAUUAUGUGUUUGCUCUCUACCAGGAACGAUUUCUAUGCUCGUUCAGAUCCCCAGUUGAUGUGAUCAUGUGGGCAGAUAAAAAUACAAUGUGUUGUCCAAUGCUAAAGAUGCUGCAGUUUAGGAUUUUUGCUCUGAGCUGACCCACUUCCAGUUCUGUACAUACCACAAGAUUAGCAAGUCUUCUGCUUCUCAUCCUCGAUGCAACUUCAUGCUAGCCUUCUGCAAAUAAAUCUCCUUUAUCGGUUAUGAUUGGCAGUGGAAUGCGUUCUUGCGUAUCGUUGUGAGAUAUGGAUUGGUUGAAGAGAAGUGGAGCAAUUGAUCUUCUGUUAAUUAAGUGUGUCUGCUGUAGACAAGGACUGCUGUUACUGAUGUUGGAAUCUGUAGAACUAGAUGAAUGAUGAUGCCUUCUCAAAUCUCACUGUAUUAUGUAUUACAACUCAAUUAAGCCAUCAAGGUGAAACAAGGUUCACAAAUAUUAGCAGGUUUGAGUGUUACAUUCAGACUACUCACCGACUUGCUGGUAUGCUUUGUAAUGAGCAAAUAGCUUUCAGCAUGCUAAUUCUGUAUAAUUGUGAGUGCUGUUAUUCUGGCAUGAGUGAAAUUAAGAUUGCUGUUUUUAGUUA